UAAACUUAGAAUAAAUCUUGACUUUUUGGAGCAAAUGGUUGAUAUUUACACGAAUGAGAUCUAUUACAAGUUUGAGGCUGAAGUGUGUGACAGCUUUAACUAUAAGUUGCAGUUUGUUAGGGCAACCGACAAUCAGAGUGUGUAUCAAAUUCAAAGAAAGAAGCUCGCAACAAGUAAAGUCCGUGAAAUUGUUUACGACAAGGACUUGGAUUUGGUUUCUUGUAGUUGUAAAAAGUUCGAAAGCGCCGGAAUUCCAUGUACACACAUUAUAUCAUAUUUGAUGAAAAUUGAUGCUGAAAUAUUGCCUAAUAAAUACAUCUUAAAGAGGUGGACUAAGUGUGCAAAAUUGGGGACAGUGUAUGAUGAUAAAGGCAUGCAGAUAAGCCCUGACAAUUCUUAUCUUUUAACGCGGAGUCAAUUUAUCCAAUCAUCUUUGGAAUUAGUUGACAAGUCCCUUGUAUGUGAAGAAACGAGGAAGAUGUUUACCGAUGGAGUGUGUAUCAUUAAUGAGCAAAUCGACCAAUUUCUUAGUAGCCACAUGGUUAGUGGCUGCACGGUUGCAAAGAGCUUCAACGAGAAAAAUAAUCAAAUGAGUAGUAAUUUAAUGGAUGAUGGUACUAGUGUGCAGGAUUCUUGUACUUUUCAAAAUAGUUUCAAUGAACCCGAUCAAGUGCGAGCAAAAGGGUGCGGCAAAAGGUUGAAGGGAGGAAAAGAGAAAGCAAUGGCUAGAGCAAAAAAUAAAAAAGAUAGACGUUGCCACGGGUGUGGUAAAGUAGGCCAAUCAUAUGAUAAGCGAAAUUGUCCGGCACUCACAAAUCCGUCUUCUAUAUGCGGUGAUACAAAUUGGCAAGAGGGUAAUGGGUCAUCAAGUGAAGAUGGGGAUGAUGUGCUCCUAUGAAGACGGUCUUCUACAUGCUUCUUUUUUGCCAGAUUUAGUGCAUAUGGGUACUGUAUUCAAGAAUGAAAAUUUACAGACGUGAUGUUUGAUUCAGAUAGAUGCAGGAAUUUGUUGUCUCCUACUUGAUGUAUAAUAGCUGUAGUAACUAAACUAUGUUUGAUUGUUUGAUGGGAUUUAUUUUCUUGACAAGGUGCAAUUCAGGCUGUUGAUUAGUUGAGAAUGUAUGUUUCGCUAAUGAAUUUGUAUGGUCUUUUAAUUCGUAAGGUGCACAUUUUAGCAUGUUGAUUAGCAGAGAAUUGUUUGUUUA